CCAGAAAUAUCCGAAACGUCUUACCGGAGAGAACCAACUCAAUGGCGUCUUCACCAGCAACGACGCUCAGUAGGGUUUAUCUCCAAUCCAACGAGUAAUAGCCAAGCGACGUCGUCUUGAUGUCUCUUGCCCACUUUUUCCUCUCAGCCCUCAGAUCCCCAAUUUCGGAUUACCCAUAGCUUCGCUUUCGCUGCCGUCACGCCGACCCAGUCCACCUUGCUGCUUGGAGCCUUGGACAACGCUGUCGCGCCGGAUUUUUUAGGACAACCGAUGACCGCCGUCUCCAAUCCCUGCCGCCGUCGCUAAUCGCUGGUGCUGUUAGGCUUCUGGGUGUUUUGGUUUUUUGCUUUGUGGCCUUCUGCAAGGAAUUUAGUCAGGCUUUGGGAUAUCAUCAAUGCCAAGACAUUCAUCAGACCGGUCAGCUUCUCCAGUGAGGGGACGAGAGUCUCCACACAAAAGGAGUCAAUCUCGGAAAGAAAGAUCUCCCGGCAGACGCAGAAGCUCCCGGAGAUCAAAAUCGCCUGCUAAAAAUAGUUCUUCUCACCGGACAAGGUCACCAGACCGAGAGAAACGGUCCAGUCAUGCUAGGUCUCCUAGGCAUGCUGAGUCAAAUUCUCCACUGCCACGCUCUCCUUCCCCGCGCACUAGACGAUUGAAACGAGCCCAGGCUGAGCGAGAAGUUGAGAAAGUAACUGAGAAGGAAUAUGAGAAGAAUGGUAGUAAGGACAGAGAACGGGCUAGGCACAGGGAAAAGAGUUCAGAAAGAGAAGUUCCUAGGGAGAAAGCUGAGAGGAGGUCAGAGAAGGACAAUGCUGGUGGGGAAUUUUCCAGAUCAAGGCGUGAGCGAGAGCGGUCUGUUUCUCCAACAAUUCAUCAUCAUCGGGGCAGACACGGUUCGCACUCACCUCCUAGAGAUGCAAAGAAUGGGUAUGAUGAGGGUACGAACUCAAGAGGAGCCAAACAACAGCGGGAUGAUGACUCAAUAGCAAAGAUGAAUGCUGCAGAGGAGGCCAUAGAAGAAAAACAAAAGCAAAAACCUUCUUUUGAGCUGUCUGGAAAGCUUGCCUCAGAAACCAAUCGUGUUAGAGGUAUCACCUUGUUGUUCACUGAACCUCCUGAAGCUCGAAAACCAGAUAUAAGAUGGCGACUCUAUGUUUUUAAGGCUGGUGAAGUUCUCAAUGAGCCCCUUUACAUACAUCGCCAGAGCUGUUAUCUUUUUGGGAGAGAGAGAAGGGUGGCAGAUGUUCCCACAGACCACCCUUCCUGCAGCAAGCAACAUGCUGUUGUUCAGUUCCGGCAAAUUGAAAAAGAGCAACCUGAUGGCAUGUUAUCAAAACAAGUCCGGCCUUACUUGAUGGAUCUGGGAAGUACAAAUGGAACUUUCAUUAAUGAUAGUCGCAUUGAACCUCAGCGCUACUAUGAACUAUUUGAAAAGGACACUAUUAAAUUUGGUAACAGUAGCCGUGAGUAUGUAAUCCUACAUGAGAACUCAACGGAUUGAGGGUAAUGCUAUGGCAUGUGCUAGAUGGUAAGGUGGUUUGCUUGCAGAAGAAUUCAAGACUAUGGUUGUGGCCAGACAAUUUCCCUGGUUGCUAAUGAUAUAUUUUGUUGUAUUUGAUGUGAGUGAAGCUGAGAGGGUUUUCCAUAAUGCUGCAUGUUUUAGGAAGGUGAAAACAUUUUUGUCAAUUAUUUUGGUUUCCUAGUUUCUCAACUUUGGCACCAGGAAGUCUGGUGGAUGGAUUAUAUCAUGCUGACUAAUGAAUCACCUAAAAUCUAAAAGAAAAAUCAUUAGUGGGAUGCUGAUUUCUCAUCCCCUUUCAUUUUCUUCACCUGAUUAGAUUUUCAUAUCAUGGGAGGAUCUAGGAUUUUUUAUUUUUUUUCUAAUUUGUUUUUAUUUCAUUGUCAUCACACUGAUCCAUUGACCAUUGUUGUGAACUCCUUUCUCAUUUG